AAACAUUUUUUUUAAAAAUGAAAUGAUUUUUUUUUGUUACAUUUUUAAUAUGGCUUUUAAAAUAUUAUGAAAUAUCAUUUGGUUACAAAAUUUCUUAUUUUCGUUGAAAUAAAAUAACUAACAUAUGGUUAUUUAAUUAUUAAUGUAGCAAUUAUUAUCUAUUAAUAUAAAAAUGGAUAGCAAUAUCAUAGAACUCAAAUUAAAAAGUAAAACUGAAGCUCUAAAUGUUUUAACCGAUGAAUUAGAAAAAUGUAGGAUUGAACGUGAUCAUUACAAGAUAAUUUUAGAAAACCAAAUGCUUCAUAGUACUUUCAAUAUAAGCUCUUCAGGUAUAAAUUAUGAUAAACUAAUUAAUCAAUUGAGGGAAGAAAAUAAAUUAUUAAGAUUAGAAACUGAAGAUAUGAGACAAAGAUUGCGAGAUGCACAUGGGGAUAAUCAAGUAUUAAGAACCGGUGGAUUUAUCAAGAGUUGCAUGACUACAUUAUUAUCAAAUAGUAAUAGUAAAGAAGAAGAUGUAAAAAAUCUUGAAAUUAUUAAUUCUAAAUAUCAACAGUUGAAAAUUGAUUUUGCAUUACUGCUAGAUGAUAAACAAGAAUUAAUAAUGGAAAGAGAUGGCUUACAAAAAAAAGUUCGGCGACUAAAUAAUGAAUUAGCAGCUGCAUUAAAACUUAAUAAAAACCAGCAUCUAGUUGAUAUUGACAGUUUAUUGACAGAAAACAAAUAUUUAAAUGAAAGACUACAUUUAGAAAUUGCUGAGAGGGAAAUUUUAGCCCAAAACAAAUCGUUUUAUCAGGUUGAAUGUUUACUUUCCAAUAUUCAGUCUCCAAAGAGUAGACCAAAUAAGUUAAAUGAAAUUUUGGUAUCAAAAAUUAAUAACACAACUCUAACAAGAAAAUUAGAAACAUGCAAACAAUUGCAACAAAUUUUGGAGUCUGGGAACUUACAAACUUUAUUUUCCAAUGAUUCAACACUUGCUGAACUAAGAAAACUUUGCCAGACAUUAUUUGAAACUUUGCAAGAUCAAAUUUUAGCUUUUAAUCAUCAAAAAAAGACUAACAAAAUUUUAGCCAAAAGAUUGGAAGAUUUAGAAAAAAAUUUGAAAAAUUUUAGUCAAGGGAAUGCAAUAAUGUCACCAUCACAAGUGUUACUAAAUAAUUGUUGCCAUAGUUCAGAUGAAACUGAUGAAGACAAUAGUUUUAUAAAUGAAGAUGUAACUGUUAAUUCACACUCAAAUGAAAAUAAAGAGUUAUCUAAUAACCUGAAUUUAGAUCAAUAUCCAAACGAAGUAAAUACGUUACCAAAUAAUCUUCAACAACUUGUUACUAAUGCUAUGAAAAAUAUAAAAAAAGAGUCUUCAAACUUAUCCAAUGCUGAUGAUCAAUAUCAUUGAU